AACGGUAACUGGCGUGAUAUCCGCCAAUUUCAAAAACAAAAUAUACUUGCGAAAAUGGCAUGACGUGUGUGUAAAAUGUGAAACCUUUGCUCAGAAAAUGUUUUAAAAUGCCUCGUUUUACUUUUUAUGAUUACUUUUUAGCGUUCAUUUCAACUUGUACUUACAUUGCAGAUGUUGCUACAGAUAUUGCCCUGUUGGUAUAUUUCUUCACAGAAGGACAUCAAGUAUGGGGGUCAUUGAGCUUGUGUUUUGUGGCACUUGCAGCUCUAUUAAUGCAAGUGUUCAGCUUUCACUGGCAUGUAUCCGACAGAACACUCACUGUUGGCUCGCUCUUUGUACAUAUUCUUUUCCUGGCACCUCUCCAUAGGUAUUUCAAAGUGUUCCAACUUGGACGUAAAUCCCGGAAGUCUGGAAAUGGCGAGGAUCUAGGUGCAGCAUACAGGGCCAUCAAUGACAUCAGCAUCUUACGAUUGGUGGAAACAUUUAUAGAGUCUGCUCCACAGUUAGUGCUACAACUGUACAUAGUAUUGUCAAACCUACAGAACUUCAAUACACUUCUUGGAUUUUCAAUGGUGUUUUCUCUGUUUUCUGUGUCAUGGUCAAUAACAGCAUAUACAGAUGCUUUACACUUGGCAUACAAGAAGUUUUACAAGCGAAGCUUUGUUUCCAUGGUAACACAUUUGAUAUGGCAGACAGGAAUGGUCACUGCUCGUGUUGUAUCUAUAGUCUUAUUUGCUACAGUCUUUCAUGGAUAUGUUGGCAUACCAUUAGGUGUCCACUUUGUGGUAAUGUUUGUCUGGAUUAUAAAGCUACAACCAGACUUUGGUUCAACGCCAUGUGAACGUCGUCUAUUCACUGUAGUUGCUGCGGCUAUACACAUAUUCUGUUUCCUGAACUUAAAAGAUGGCAAUUCUAGAUACAGAAUGGUGUUCUACUAUGUCCUAGCAUUGAUAGAGACUGCAGCUUACAUGACUGUUUGGUACAUGUGCAAAUCACACAGUGGACCGAUCUGGUUUGAUGUCACUGCUUUCUCAGUGGUAUUUGGAGCUUUUGGCUUAGGAACUAUAUUUAUGUUAUUGUACUAUGGAUGCUGUCAUCCAAGUGGACCUGCACCAAUUCCAAGUCAGAAACCAGAUUUCCUCAAGCCUGGCAAUUUGGCAUUUGGCACUGCUCCACACCAGUAUAAGCCCAGCAUGGCUUCCAAGAAACCUCAGCAAGAUAAGCCGAUGAAAAAUACAACAUCUUCAAAGGGAAACCAUCCAUCAAUAUUUGAUGUUUCAUCUACGUCGGCUCGAAUCAAUCUCUGGUUGAGUGCCUCUCUAGACCUCAGUAAGGAAGGUCUUGUUGAACAUCCAGAUUGUCACCUAGAUCCUUCCUUACAACCUUCGGGAAACCAGACAAUCAACAGCCAGAACCAGGGCGGUGACAUCAGUAUACAGAGGAAGGUGUCCUGUAGGGAGACACCUGUAGAUGUACAUGUUUCCCCAUUAGGAUCCACAGGAAGUAAUAGUGCUGCUAAACCAUUACUGGGGAGGUCAAAUUACCAAGAACAUGGAAGUUACAGGGAAAGGUCUGCAUCAGAAUUGAACAAAACAGAAGACAGAAUGGAUUUCAGCAGAGUUAGUAGAGCUUCUGAUAGGGAACAUUCUAUGCCAGACUAUAAUCUUGUAGAAAUGUUUGCACGGUGUAAACUGGACCCAUCUUUUGUCUCAAAUUCUUCCAUCAGUGACAUUUUGUUCAAUCAGACACUCAAACAGAAUACCCCUACAAGUAAAAAUGGAAAGUUCUCCCUGUCACCAGAGAAUCAAUAUGGAAGAAUGGAACAAAACAAGUCUGAAAUGGAUAUUUCUGGUUUAAACUGGAAUCAAACAAGAACAUCUAAUGACUCCUCUAAAUCUUUGAUAUACUCACCUAAUCAUCUCGUUCUAGGGGAAUUAGGUCCUCCAAGUAUCUCACCACUUGAUCCAAGCAGAUUGUGGGAAGAAUCUGAAGGCAGAUUACGGCAGACAUCACUUCUGAACAACACUGGAUCUGACCCAACUUUACAUCAGUCAGGGGAGAGAAAUCCUGUAUUUAAAGUCACACCUGAUGUGUUAAGGGGAAUAACACAUUUAUCCCUCUCGUACAGUAAUUUGAAUUCAGACAACAUUUCUCCAAGACAAAAUAAAAGCAACAGCAAAGAUAACAGUGGAUUUUCUGAGACAGCAAAUUCUUUUGUUUUCAAGAAUGGUGUAGAUAAAUCCAUUGAAUCACUCAGUGGUAGUAGUAACCUUGUGAAUCAGUCUGAAAUGCUGUCAUUUUCUGAUGUUUCUCUUCAACUUCCAGACUGCUCCUCUAACUCUAGAAAUAGAUCAGAUACUCGAGCAGAUGUGAACCGGAGUACACCAAGUUUAAGAGAUGAUAUUCACAAAAGGAAAAGGUCACAUGGAAAUUAUGAUUCAUUGAAAAAUUCUUCAUCAGAUAAAUUUUCUAUGUCAAAAUCUAAAGAUAGUUAUAGCAGUAGGGAAUAUUCUCCUUCAGACAGGCAGUCAUCAUAUUUGUCAGACAGAGGUUUGGCUUCAUCUGAUAGAGGACUUUCUUCAUCCCAUUCUACAAAUGAUGCUUCGGGUCAUAGGUCACUGACUUCUAGUGGUUUUCAAAGUGAAGAGUCAAACAUGAGCACUACAAGUCCAGCCUACAGUCAUUUUUGUGACAUAAAUGCAAGCAAGUUUCAUUCCACACCAGUAGUUGAGAAUGAAAUUUCAUCUAUCUGUCCACCUUCUUCAGUUAGAGCAGUUACAAGUAAAAGAGUAAGUCUAGAUGAUGAUAUUUAUGCCGAUUCAUCAAAAUUUAAAAACUCAACUCCAGUUAUUGAUGAAAAUCAUCAUGUUUAUGAUAAAGAUUUAAAAGACAACAUAACACCUAUCACCAGCAUCGGACCGAAGAAAGCUAAUGUAAUUAUGCCACCUUCUUCAUUGUUUUAUGAGAAUUCUAAUGUAGACUCUCCAGUUCUUCCACCCAUUGGAUGGUCACGUCGUUCAUCAUCAGCAGGGUCUUCAGGCUCAGGAGGAAGGUUUUUCAAAGACCCGACUCUUAGUAGUAAUGAGGAUUUGAAUAACAAAUCAGGAGAAUCUAAAUGCACUGUUUCUUUGGUAUCGCAGGGGUCAAACAAUGGCUACAUGGAGAAGUCAAGUCUGUCUGCUCUCCUCUCCGAUAUGUCUAGUAGUAAAUGCACACGAACAUCUGAAGAAAAUUUUUCAAUGGCGUCUGAUCCAGACACUUUAAAGAGGUCAAAUCAUUCAAUCCUUUCAGACAAUAUGAUUGAUAGAAAAACAGAAAGUUUACCAUAUAUGCCAGUGAAUGAUGGAUAUAGUUUAAAUCAUUCAGAUAAUGGAUUAACUGCAAGUCUGCCUCACCAGUUCUACAAUAUGCAGGGUAGAAGAAGUCUAGACAAGUCGCAAAACAGCAUUCAUGAUUACGAAAACAUUAAUAACUACACAAAACAAAGUUCAAAUGCAUCAAACUCGAGUUUAAAUCUGUCCGGAAGUAAAACUGUUUCAGCAUAUCUAUAUAACAAUGAACCAGAGAAGAAUAGAUUACAAGAGUUGUACAAUGAAUUUUCACAUGCAUCAUGUGUGAAGAAUGAAUCUGAUGUCAAUCGUACAUUUGAUAAAGACAAAAUACCUAAUUAUGAAAACAUUAAUGAGUUAAAUGAUGGCAAUAUUGCAGACUGUAUCCCUGAAUCUGAUUCUAGAAGUGACAUGUUUAGCAGGGAUAAAUGGAGAGCCAGUUUAGAUAAGGAAAUGAAGGAAAGACUGGUUCAUGAUAUUGAAAGACUUGCUCCAAAAAAAUUGUAUCAGUUAAGUACAAAGAAUGGUCCUCCAAAGAAGAAGAUGUCUCCAGUAAAUAUUACUGAAUACAAUGAUUCUCCAUACAAGUUCAGAAAGCCUCACAUCAGUGCUGCACCUUCAGAAUAUGAGAAUAUUGACAGUUUAGGGCAAACACAUCUCAGUGAAUAUACAGAGUCACCUUUCAAGGUCAGAAAAUCUGGUAUAACUGCAAGAAGAGCAAUAUAUGGAAGUAUGAAGAGUGAAAGUAAGGACAGUUUGACUGGAGAGUAUGAAAACAUCAACUCCCUGUCAGGGGAUACUAACUAUGUUAACAUAGAUCACCUGUUGGGUCCUUGUCCUGUUGCCACACCAGAGAGUUUGUCUGAUACUGUAAUGCUUGAUGACAUACAUGGACCUCUUGGAAGAGGAGACAAAACUUUCAAUCUUGUUAACAAUAGACAUAGUGAUAUAUACCAAGAUUCUGUGUUUGAAAAUGAAAGUUUGAGAUCACAGGAAUUAUCACGGACUAAAUCACCGAUAAACACAUCAGGAUUCAAUAGUGCUUUUAAACCAGUAAAGGGAAGGAAAAGUGUAGAAAGUCCACUGUCCAGAACUAGCAGUGGUAGUGAUGAAACAUAUAACAUUGAAAAUGAAAUUGACUACAAAACUGAUGAGUUUGUUCACUCUAACCAAGAAGGUUUGGUAGAAAGCACUGAUUCAAGUUCAAAUUCUGGAAAAAGCUCAAGAAGGCAGUCCAAUAUAUCAAACUAUGUUAGUGACGUUGAAAAUAUGUCGUCAUUUCAAUGGACGAGGGAUACAGGAAUGUUGUCAAUGACUGGCUUAUCUGAUUCUGUAAGUCGAUCACCGAGAAAUUACUUGCAGCUUGCUGGUAAGGCUCCUCUUAACUUCUCAGUUCCAACAUUUCUACAGGACGAGAGUAGUAGCCAAACGUCAAAGCAUUCCUACACGGAUUCAAUUCCUUGGGAGGAAUCAGAUAACUCACUACAAACUACAGCAGAUUUGAGUGAAGGAAAGAUAAGACAGCCUUUGAAAGCUCUUGAAAACACUCCAGUAUUCUCACCAAUAUACGGGCAAGAUAGAAGACUGAGUAUUGAACUUUCUAGUAGGAAGAGAUUUAUGAGUACUCCUAAGUUAUCAACGGGUUCAGAGUUGAGUGUGUCGAGAAAUUCUGAGGAGUCGAAGACACCUCAAAGGAGAAGGAGUUCAGGUUUAUCAAAGAAGCCAUACUCGGACAACACUAGUACUUGGAGCUCGCAGAGUGAAACAGACAUUUCUUGUAAUGUUAGUGGUCAUAGCACUUUUGCUUUGUCAAAAACAACCUAUAUAUAGUGUAAAGUCUGGUAUUCUAUGAUGAGCAAUAGUUUAGUUAGUAUUUUAUUUAUUUUUUCUUUUCUUCAUUGGUUGAGGGUAAAAUGAAGAAUUCCAGAAGGUUUGAUAAGACAUGGUUUGUUGUUUUAAUUUAAUACAGUGUAUAUUGAAAGGCAAGAUAAUAUUUUGUCAUUUCUAAAAAGGUAAAUUUGAAUAAUUUUUAAGGAAAUUGUAAAAUUUGGAACCCUGUUUAAUUUUGUGAUUAUUUAAGACUAAGUGAUUAUUUGUAAACUAGUAUGAUAUUAUGUAUAUAUGUGUGAAAUAACCAUGAGCUUUUACUGUAUGUUAGUUUAAAUGACAUUUUAAAAACAUUAAAUACACACAAAGUAAAUAUUUUUCUUUUUACCAAUUUUCAAGUGUAUUUUUUUCACAUUUGUUACUUCUAUAAUUAUCCAAUAAAUCUCAUUACUGACAUAGAUAAAUAGAAUACAGAAACAGAAUGUAGAUAUUUGUUUUAAGAUUUUUGGUAUAUUUUACAGUAAUAUUACUAAAGUUAUAGUCUCUUCCAAAACAAGAAGUCAUUAAAAUGUAAAAAACUUGAUUAGGUGAAAAUCAUGUUUUUUUAAUUAUAUUUGGGUUCAAUAUUUCAUUGCAUAAGUUAUUAUAAGAAUUCUUUGAUUUUCUGUAUGUAAAGAGAGAAACAUAGAGACAAGUGAAUGCUCACAUAUAUCAUUAUAUGUUUUAGGUAUCAUGUUAAAUCUGUAGUACCGGUAUAUAUAUUUUAAAGAUUUUUUUAUAGGGAAAUGAACAGAAGAUUUUCAUUUUCAUGAUAGUGAUUUUAUACGAAUUUUGUUAUCAUAUAACAGCACAGGUAAAAAGCUGUUUAAUUUUUUUGUUCAGUGUAAUAUGCAGAUUAUGUCAUUUUAAACAAGUACAAUUGUAUAACUUUUAAACUGUAUACUAUCAUCCUGAUACAUUUGUCUUCCAAAAUAAAAAGAUUUAUAAAAAGAAGAAAAAAAAACAGUCAAAAGCUUACUCUGUAUGUAAUUAUAUUAGGUUAUUACAUGUAUUAUGUAAUGUUGAUUUUUCUAUCACUGGCACACAUUCAUUACAUUGCAUCACAUUCACAUAGAUUCAUACUGUACAAAUUUUGCUUGUGUUCAUGACAAAUUGAUUAGGUCCAUCACUCCACUUUGGAAAAUAAGGCUUUUUAUGCCGCAGAAGGAUAGCAUAUAGUUUUUUAACUGUUCAUCUGCAUUUAUCCGGGACAUAACUUUGUGUACAAUGUAACUGCUAAUUACCGAUGAUUUGAGCUUGUUAUUGUUGCUGCUUAAGGGUUUGUUUUAAUGUUUUUAGUGAAACAGACUUCUUCUAUGAGUGGUGAGUUUAUGCUCUCUUUGUUUUUCAAGAUAAUGUUUGGGAGGAUAAACAUUUUAUCAAAAAUUAGGUUUUAAUUUUUACUUUUGACUAUUAAAAGCACAAUGGAUUUAAUAAUCUGAUUACUUAUAAGUUGAUGUAACACUUGAUUAAGGUUUUGCUUCCAACGUCAUGGUUCAAGACUAUAACUAAAAGUUGCAGAGUAAUACUUUUUUUCUGAAAUUAGAUAUUUCCUUGUAAAAGUUUUUCUUGUGUGUUCUAUUUAACUAAUUUCUUGUUUUAAGGAUCAUAAUUGUAGGCCAUUUUCCAAGGCCCACAAUGUACAUGAGUAUCUUUAUAAAGAAUUUACUAUCCGAUACUGAAAUGGUUGAGUGUACUGUCCGAGUGACAGCUCUUAUUUAUUUUAGACUUUUUGUCUGGUUUUACUUUUGUAAUAGAUUUAGUUGUGUGAAUUUUUCUAAGCACCUGUAAAAUAACAUGGAAAACAAUUUAUAUUUUAAAGAUUAAACUUAAAAAAGUAACAGCAAACAUAAUUUAAUUAUUUACUAGGUCAGUUUAAUGAACAUAUUAUCUGGAAGUCACAUUUUAUCACCAACAGAAUUUAUUAUUAAGACCUAAAGAUGAUGUCUCUUAAGUUACCGGGUAUAAAGUCACCCAGAUAAGUGUGGGGUAAUAUUUUGAUUUGUAGACAUAGUUAACAUUUAGAAGUUUCUUUCUUAACCUUAUUCUCAAUGUAAUGAAAGACAUUCCAUUCAAGUUAGAACUGUUAAUUGUUAAAUAUUUCAAAUAUUAAUAAGAACAACUGAAAUGUAUCAUUCGGAUGAUAUUCUUUAAAAAAAUGUUGAAAAUGUUCAAUACGAGGAAACAUUUUUAUGUUACACAAAAAUAUUUUCUUCUAAAAUAUUUUAUUAUGUGCCAUCUUAUUUAAGACCAAUUUACUUUAAUAUAAAAUCUUUCAAUAUAAAGCAAUAAAGCAAACAACAGUAUAGACUCUUGUCAGACUGGGUUGAGAUGCUGAGUACUAGUAUAUUACUCCUGGCAUUAGCCAAUGUUUACUCAUAGGGUAACAAAAAUGUUGUAAUACUUGUAUAUUACUCACAUAGUUUUCAUAUUUAAAAGCUAAUUAUAAAACUCUAAUCUUUCUCUAAAUGUUAUGUAUUCCCUCAUUGUGCUGUCUACAAUUUUCCAUAUUUUCUAUUUGUCAGACUUUUCUAUUCUUUCAUUAGUUAUGUAUAUUCUAACCAUAUUGUGUUCUAUUUUUUCUACAGCAAUAUUUUCAUAUAAAUGUAUGAUUAUUACACAUUUGUAUUAAAAAGGUGAGAAGCUUA